GGUCACACUGCAGUUCAUGUAAUCAAAACAAAACAAAAUGGGGAGAAUAGCGCUUUUUCAGCGAUUUAUUGCCCAAAGAGCUAUUGCCAGGAACUUUUUUCAAUUCGGAAAAGCCAAGGGAGAUACCGGCAAAUAUGAGCAGAUUGUUUCCCCCGGCCUGGUCUCCCCGGAGCGCGGUGUUCCCGAAGACAUCGAGAAGCCACCGUACUACUUUAAAAACAUGCCCCCGGGCAACACCUUGGGCUCCCCAGAAAUCAAAACCCAAGCUCAGAUAGAUGCGAUGCGGGUGAGCGGCAAACUAGCGGCCCGGAUACUACGGGAAUGCGGUAAACUAGCCACAGUUGGAAGAACCACCGACGAGAUCGACGCCUUCGCACACGGUAGAAUUAUUGAAUCCAAGGCCUAUCCCUCACCCCUGCGAUACGCCGGAUUCCCAAAGUCCAUCUGCACUUCCAUCAACAACAUAGCCUGCCACGGAAUCCCCGAUGACCGCCAGUUGGCCAACGGGGAUAUUAUUAAUAUCGAUGUCACAGUCUUCUUGAACGGCUACCAUGGCGACUGUUCGAAAACCUUUCUGGUGGGCGAGGUGGACGAGCGGGGGAGCUUCCUCGUGGAGGCCACGAAGUCCUGUUUGGAUCAGUGCAUUUCGCUGUGUGCCCCGGGCGUAGAGUUCAACGAGAUUGGAAAGUUUAUACAGAGCUACUGCGACGAAAACGGGCUCGAGUCGAUUGCUGCCUUCAUAGGGCACGGCAUCGGCAGCUAUUUCCAUGGUCCUCCGGAAGUACUUCACUACUACAACGAGUUGCCCGGAAAGAUGCAGCCCGGCAUGACCUUCACCAUCGAACCCAUUCUGUCGCUGGGAGGGCCGGAUAUAGGAGUGCUGGAGGACGGCUGGACGGCGAUUAGCUUGGAUGGCGCGCGCAGCGCCCAGUUUGAGCACACCAUACUGAUCACCGAGACAGGGACGGAGAUACUUACAAGAGAGCAAUAGAAUCGCUUUAUGUACAUGAUUAAUUUUUAUUCGUGAUUCCCAUAAAGUGUUGAAUGAGUGUUGGA